AUGGCUCAAUAUCAUUGGGAUGGAAUGGAGUAUGUUGUUGAUGAUAAUGAAAUGACAGAGGUAGAAGAUGAUAUGUAUUUCCGUGGGAGAGCACUUGGUGAAUCUGAUUCUGAUGAAGACGAUGAUGAUGAAUAUGACCUUUUGGAAAACAAAAUAACAGAUACAACUGCAGCUGAAGCUAGGAGGGGAAAGGAUAUCCAAGGUAUACCUUGGGAUAGACUGAGUAUUAGUCGUGAGAAAUAUAGACAAACAAGACUAGAGCAGUACAAAAACUAUGAAAAUAUACCACAAUCAGGGGAACUAUCAGAGAAGGAAUGCAAAGUAACCCAGAAAGGGGGAAUGUAUUAUGAUUUCUGGCAAAACACGAGGUCUGUGAAGUCAACUAUACUUCAUUUCCAAUUGAGGAACUUAGUUUGGUCGACAUCUAAACAUGAUGUAUAUCUUGUUGCACAUUACUCAAUUGUUCACUGGUCUUCAUUAAGUUCUAAGAGAUCUGAAGUUUUGAAUGUAUCCGGGCAUGUUGCUCCAUGUGAGAAACAUCCAGGAAGCCUCUUGGAGGGUUUUACUCAGACACAAAUUAGUACACUGGCGGUACGUGAUAACUUGUUGAUUGCUGGAGGUUUUCAAGGAGAGCUUAUUUGCAAGUACUUAGAUCGACCCGGGGUUAGCUUUUGCUCCCGAACUACAUAUGAGGACAAUGCAAUCACAAAUGCUGUUGACAUUUAUGAGCAUCCCAGUGGAGCUGUUCAUUUCAUGGCUUCAAACAAUGAUGGCGGAAUCAGAGACUUUGAUAUGGAGAAAUUUCAGCUUACGAAGCAUUCGUGUUUUCCUUGGCCAGUAAAUCAUACUUCAUUGAGCCCUAACGGGAAACUACUUGCAAUUGUUGGAGACAACCCAGAAGGGUUACUGGUGGAUUCUCAAACUGGAAAGACUAUCGCACCUCUAUGCGGACACUUGGAUUAUUCAUUUGCAUCUGCAUGGCAUCCUGAUGGCUGCAUUUUUGCCACUGGGAACCAAGAUAAAACAUGUCGCAUUUGGGAUGUUCGGAAUCUAUCAAAGUCUGUUGCUGUUCUUAAGGGAAACCUCGGAGCUAUACGCUCAAUACGCUUCACAUCUGAUGGACGAUACAUGGCAAUGGCUGAGCCAGCUGACUUCGUGCAUGUCUAUGAUGCAAAGCAGGGAUUUGAAAAGGAGCAACAAAUAGACUUUUUUGGAGAGGUCUCAGGUGUAUCUUUUAGCCCCGACACAGAAUCACUUUUUAUUGGUGUUUGGGAUCGUACCUAUGGAAGUCUUCUUCAGUUCAAUCGACGCAGAAACUAUACAUAUCUUGACUACCUGUAA